GUGCAAAAAAGUGUAUGUAGUCAUUCAUUGACAUAUUUCUCGACCGGAGACUCAUAAAUUUAAUUUGUUCGUACUUGUGAGAUAUAUGAACUUCAAACUAUCGUCCUCGGCCGUUGCUUACUGCAUUUUGCGGCAUGUUGUGCUGUUCUAGGGAUUUUCUCGGUUUUCCCAAGUGAAGAAGUCAUUGAGCAUCUUUUCCAUCUAUCCUUACAUAGCGUCAGGCUCUCAGUCGCAAAAGAAUUUUUCUCGUUAACGUCUGAUCACCGACAAAAUAUUUGUUGAUACGUUCUAUCUAGCCAGUGUUGAGACAACAGUGUUAGAACAUGGAACCUUUUGCGCUGCCCGUGCCUUCAUGGCGGCUAGGAACACAGCGCAAGAGAAAGAGGAACCCGAAAGAUGAGAUGGAUGGCUCUGCCUCACCGGAGACGGACAUUAUUGCCUCUUCCUCGCGCUUCCCUUCUGAUGCCAUCAACCCAAGAAGUCAUUCCCCAAAUACCCUGCGCCAGUUCGCUUUGGCAGGUCUUUCGCCGGAGGAGGAGGUACCCUCCAAGAUUCACACCAAUUUCCCACACAAAGGACUACCACCGAAUUGGCAGUCAGGAGCUGUGCAAAGCCAGCGGGGCCGACGUCAAAGCAGGAUGUCAACUCUUGGAAGUGGAUCGGAGGCUGAUGUUGAUACAGACGGAGAGUCUAAAAGGCAAAGUGAGGUUGAGAUGACCCCGAGCUCUUCGCAAAAGUUCAAGCACAUGAACACUAUGAUGGCUAUAUUGCACCGGUGCAUCCACGAAGGUGAUAUCCCACGCGCAAAGCGGGCUUUCAGCCUCUUGAUCAGGACCAAAGACGUUGAUAUUCGGUUAAAUGAGAUGUGGACCCUUGGUACUGAGAUACUGAUGAGAGAUGGCGAGGAAAGGAGGGACGGACACCAUUUUGAAGGAGAAGAAGCACAGGAAGUAUCCAGUCAACAGCCUCCCCGCUGGGGUUCAACAAACAACAUAGAGAAAGUACGCAAUUACCUCGAGACUCUAGCACAGUACAAUCCCUACGACCACCACUUCCCACGGUCUAUCAGCGCCGUCGAUUUCUGGCCUGCGCUGUACAGUAUUGAGAUCUACAACAUCGAUGCUGAAUGCAGACGGGCACUGCAUCGGAUCGAUCAGUCGUCCAUACCCGCGGACGACAGUGGGAUCAUGUCUGACCUGCCAUCAUCACAGCACGAGUUAGAAGAGGAUCACGGUACGCAGACACAAAAACGCCAGUAUGAGCAAGAAAACACGGUUUGGGAAGCGUGUGACGAGGUGCGUCACGCGACUCAAGUAGCCGCACAACAAAUCGCCGCGAGGAUGGACAACCUGAUGCAGUCUGUGCCAUACUCGACACAUAUCGAGCUUUUAAGACUUCGAGGUAUGCUGUCACUGUUCAUUGGGGAUUUGUACUUGCCCACGCGUCUUUUGAAGUCCGGUAGCGCCAACAGCAGGAGCGUAGGUGACAGAUUGCAGGGACUCUCCCUGGCCACGCAUAAUACUCACGGCAUGGAUGAUAGGGAUGCUAUAAGGCGCAGAGAGCAGGAAAUAGAGCAGGCAAGUGUCACAUUCGAAAGGAUAGUAGAGAGAGGCGGACAGCUGGAGCCAUGGCUAAAUCGUUACCUGGACCCGGAUGACGAUCAAGCUUCUAUGUUGUCGUAGAUAAUAGGGAAGGGGGGGCACUUGUUGAAAUAUCCUAUGAAAAACAAGCCCAAAUACUGGCACGACCAUCAAAAGGAAACAG